AGCUGCUCCUGCUCUACAUCUCAGAGUUAGCUCCUCCUCUCUGCCUGUGCAGCUCUUUUCCAGCAUGGCAGCGCUCUGGCUCCAGACCUUCUCCCUGCUCGUCCUAAUGAUGGUUUCGUGGCCGGGCUCCCAGGCCGUCGGUGGGCCACAGCACCUGUGCGGCUCUCACCUGGUGGACGCCCUGUAUCUGGUCUGUGGGGACAGAGGCUUCUUCUACAACCCCAGGAGAGAUGUGGACCCUCUGCUUGGUUUCCUCCCUCCAAAGGCAGGUGGCGCUGUGGUGCAAGGUGGCGAGAGUGAAGUGACCUUCAAAGACCAGAUGGAAAUGAUGGUGAAGCGAGGCAUUGUGGAGGAAUGCUGCCACAAACCCUGUACCAUCUUUGACCUGCAGAACUACUGCAACUGAACUCUGCUCUGCUGGACUUUGUUUAGUCGAGCCAGGCUCGGCUAAUCAGGUCCGAGUCCCAACCCCUCCUCCCCCCCUGCUUCAGAGGAGAGCCACAGCUGUCCCCUCUCUGAAAACCAACUGCUGUCAAAUGAAGUGCUGAGAAAUGGAUAAAAUUAAUUUUCCAAGAAAAUAAAAAUGCAAAAU